AACUCAAGUCAUACUAGGCAAGCUUUGUAAGGCAGGUGACCUAUCCACCUGUUACGAGACAACGUUAUAAUAGAACUUUUUGCUUCAUAUAUAUCUACGCUUUAUAUAUUUUCCUUCAACAAAUCCAUUCACUCUCAAACCAACAAAUCUAUGGAUAGUGAUUAUUUCCCAUCCUGGAUUAUCCUUCUUUCAUCAUCUUUCAUCGUUCUUGCAACCAUAUGGAACUUCAUGGCUCGAUCCAAACGUGCCCGAAGUUCCCCUAAUCUUCCUCCAGGUCCCAGAAAGCUGCCAUUGAUCGGGAACUUGCAUCUCCUCGUAAGAUCCCGACCGCCCCACCGAAUUUUAACCGAAUUGGCCUCAAAACACGGCCCGAUAAUGCACUUGCAGCUAGGCGAAUUGAGCACGGUUGUUAUAUCCUCACCCAAAGCCGCGAAAGAGGUCUUGAAAACGCACGACAUAAACUUCGCCAAUAGGCCACACGUCUUCGCAACAAAUGUUUUAACUUACAAUAAUUCUAACAUAGGAUUUUUGCCGUAUGGAGAAUACUGGAGACAGUUGCGCAAAAUUUGCACUAUAGAGCUUAUGGGAGCGCGGCGUGUCCAAUCUUUUCGCCCCUUAAGGGAAGAAGAGUUUUCCAAAAUGUGUAGUCGGAUAGCGUCAAAAGAAGGGUCGUCCAUAAACUUAACUCGGAAUAUUUACUUGGCGACAUGCGACAUGGUUUUGCGAGCUGCCCUUGGCAAUAAGAAUGACGAACACACGGCAUUUGUAUCCGCAAUGAAGGAAAUGUUUUAUUUAGCCGGAGGAUUUAAUGCCGGCGAUUUAUUUCCCUCUAUUGGUUUGUUUAGAGUAAUCGGUGGAUUUAGACGCCGCGUGGAGAAAGUGCAUGAGCUUUCGGAUAGGAUACUUCAGAAGAUUAUCGACAAUUGCAAAGUCGAGAAAUCACAAGAACAAAAGAUCGAAAACUUAGCCGAUGUUCUCCUCAAAUUCCAUAAGGACGCGGGAAGUGAGCUCCGAUUGAGCGAUGACGGCGUAAAAGCCGUGCUACAGGAUGUGUUCACUGCUGGAAUCGAGACAUCAUCGACGACUACAGAUUGGGCUAUGGCAGAAAUGAUAAGACAUCCAAAAGUCCUCAAGAAGGCACAAGAUGAGGUGAGACAAGUUUUCCACGAAAAGGGGUUCGUGGAUGAAUCCGACUUCAAUGAGCUAAAAUACCUAAAGUUAGUGAUCAAAGAGACUCUUAGAUUGCACCCGCCGGGGCCUCUUCUACUCCCGCGAGAAAAUUAUGAGACAUGUGAAAUUAAUGGAUACACAAUACCCGCAAAAACAAGGGUUAUGGUGAAUGCAUGGGCCAUUGGAAGAGAUCCCAAAAUUUGGAAAGAUGCCGAGAUUUUUAUACCAGAGAGAUUUCUUGAUAACGAUACAGUCGAUUAUAAUGGGAAGAAUUAUGAAUACAUUCCUUUUGGCGCCGGGAGAAGAAUUUGCCCAGGAAUGUGGUUUGGCUUGGCUAAUGUCGAACUCCCUUUGGCGAUGUUUCUCUAUCAUUUUGAUUGGGCUUUGCCACGGGAAAUCGAAAGUGAAGAUGUCGACAUGACCGAAACCUUUGGCCUUACGGCGAGAAGGAAGAAUCCUCUUUAUGUGGUUCCGAUUUUGAAGAACACUUUGCCUCUAAAGUAAGUUUUGCCAGUGUUAUCUUUCUUGGCAUGCUCGAACCAUUUAGUUUGGACUAUUGUUUGGAAAUGUUUUUGUGUUUUGGGUUGUUUUGAGAAUAGUAGGAAUGUUGUAAUACAAAAUAAGAUUUUGUUUAAUUUCGAUU